CAAGAGUGGGGAACUAAAACGAACCGGUCACAGAGCAAAGGCAGUGGGCUGGUCUGUAGACCUGGCCGCCGGACGCCCCACCUAGGGCGCCAGUGGGGUCCCUUAGCUUCGGGAUGCUUCAUCCCGACUCUCCUGGGACUACUUGAGAUUUGACUCCUUGCUGUGCAACGCCUCCCGAAUCUUUCCUUUUCUUAGCUGGACGCAUCCUUAAGGUCCUGAAGCAGGCCCAGCAGCCCAGCUCUCGGGGUCUCAGGAGACUGGGCCAGCUACAGCUGGAUCCACCAGGGGCCCUGCAGGCAAUGUCCUUGGCCCUGGGAUGACCUGCCUGGUUCCCGAGCUCAGGGAGUCAGGAAAGUCUGCCCUCCGGGUCGCUUGGUUCUUCCUGGGGAGUCGCCACACGCACAUUGACGGCUGGGGUUUCUCUGUGCUGUAAUCCCUUGCGUCUUCUUGCCUGGCUGCAAAUUCGGAUAAGUUCUUCCCGCUGAACUCUUGGGUUCCCCAGCGGAGCUUUCUUAGCUUCCCCCAAAACCGGAUCUUGGUUGUUCCUAAUGGCCUGCAGAGAAGGAUAACUGAUACAUCACCUGAAGCCAUCAAGUCUGUUACAGUAUCAAACUUCACAUCUGUGCCGGAGUAUGCUGCUCACAGGAGAACCUUAUCACACAGCUCUGAACUACUAAUGCCUGGGAGGAUCACUUUUUGUCUCUGUGGACAAGUGAUCCCUGCUGUUGCUGCCUUUGUUUAAAAACCAAGACAGUUUGUUGUGCUGACAUUCCCGCCUGUGAUUUCUGCUGCUGCUGUCAUGAACGUGCAAGGCCAGUUUCCUCGCUCUUAAGCCCUGUGUGAAACGCAGACGCGGACGCGGAAGCGGACGGACUUUUGAGCGCGCCUGCCCACGCCUUCCCUCUUCGUAGAGAUGUCGGAGGCUGACCCCUCAUCUGGAUUUGCAGGAAGUGUGGAGAAUGGAACUUUCCUGGAGCUGUUUCCCACAUCGCUGUCCACAUCGGUGGACUCGUCCUCGGGCCACCUGUCCAACGUCUACAUCUAUGUCUCCAUAUUCCUCAGCCUCCUGGCUUUUCUGCUUCUGCUGCUGAUCAUCGCUCUCCAGAGGCUGAAGAACAUCAUCUCCUCCAGCUCCUCCUACCCGGAGUAUCCAAGUGACGCUGGGAGUUCUUUCACCAACUUAGAAGUGUGUAGUAUCUCCUCUCAGAGGUCAACGUUUUCAAACCUCUCAUCCUGAAGGAAAUGGAAGGAUAUUCCAAACGAGAAUGGUUUCUCUGUACUGAAGGUAUUGCUUCACGAAAGAAAUGGCCAUUUGGGCAGAUCUGUUUUCCUCCUUCAUUUUUUAAAUUUCUUUUCUGCUCCGGAUGUGCUUCAUUUGUGAAAAGAGGAGGAAACGCUGGUGGAAAUGCAGGUAAACUUUGAGGCAUGGGAUUCCGCACAAAAUUCUUGGCCCAUCUGGAGCCUGCUCAGCACUGUGUUGGACACCACAGAUGCAACUGAGAGGACUGCAGGGGAUGCUGGGAAGAGACACUUCCGCUCUGACUCUCUCUUACAAGAACCUGGGACUAACUGAGCAGGCGCAAACUGGAAACCCAAGUCGAGACUAUUUAGAAGAUAUUUUCUGUAUUUAAAAGAUAAAACAGAGACAGGAGAGGGAGGGAGGGAGAGAGAAAGAGAGACCUUAUAUUUAACAUACAACAUUUCCAAAAGGAGGUUAAAAUAAGCUGAAUGUUUUUUAUUUAAUCUCACCUUAGCAAAUGUCACACAUGAUGAGCAGAAGUCCCUUGGGAAUGUUCUAGGGGCUUGGAAAGCUGCAGUGGCACAAGGAAAAGUGUGUGGUAAAGCAGUUUGCACUUCUUUCUGCUUCUGGGUUUCCUCCCGGCUCGUGCAGCAGUCAGAACGCUCUCUGGUGAUGGAAUCCUUUGUGAUGCCUGCUGUUGCUAUUACUAAGGGAAGCCCAGAAGAGGCACAAUUCAUUUUAAUUUCCUCGUUAUUGUUUCCGUCCAGCAGGAAUUAAAUAUAAAGACAUAUGUGUAUUCAGUUGCGUUUUAUACAGGAAUAUUCUUAGCACUUGUGUGCGCCUUCCCUGAGUUUGUCUUCAAAGCUUUACUGCAGAAGGACAUGGUGUCUGAGGGGUCAGGUGUUUUGCUCACCUGACUCUGCAAACCUUAGCGACCUACCACUAAUAGUUGUGUCAGACUCUGUGAACUCGACCUGUCUCUGAUGAUUUGUUUAUGUUGACAUAAUACUCUAGGUCUUUAAGUGUUGUGUUAAGGCUAAAAGCCGCGGACAUUGCAAUGGGAUAUCUGCAGGUACUUCAGUGCUGCUGGGAGCUGCUUGACCGAGGCCAACCACGGGUGUCAUGUGAGAUGAGGCACAGUUGUGAGCACAAGAAAAGGCUGUGCAGGGAAUUGAUCAGAGCCAACAGCAGCUUGUAUGGAUAAGAAUUUAAAAUCAGUUUUUAAAAUAAAUGGUCCACAGACUGAGAGCACUGAGCUGAGUAACCUUUGAGUGCCAACAUACAAGUCUUUCUUAGGUAAACUAGUUAUUCCCUGCUCGCAACAUUUAAUAAUCUCAAACACUGGAGCUCCAACACACCCUGUGGAUGGGUUGUGCAGUCAGGACUCCCUGGGGACUGGAAUGGUUGGAAGUGUUAAACAUUUUACAGGCCCUGCCUGACAUCCUAGAUAUGCUGAGGGCUGAGAACUGGUGAGGAAGGAAGUGGCCGCUUCCUUCUUUUUCCUCCACAAUCAAUUUGGGACACACUUACUUAUAUAUCAAAAGUAUCUACAGACCCCAUCAGACAAGUGCUGCCCUACAAUGUGUAGUGAAAAUCUUGUGUCUGCUGUCAUGUAAAGUGUGGCACUACAGAGUCAAAUCUUGAACCAGAGAAGUUCUGUAGUUUGGGUGGUUAUUGCCGUUCUCUGAGUAUCUGUGGGCACAAGCAUUUGUGUAAAUAUGUACAUGCAGUGUGUGCACAGAUACAUGAAUGUGUGCACAUGUUUCCGGGAAAAAGUUGUGGGACAGCUAUCAGGAAUUCAGAAGCAUCUGCAAGGUCACCUCUGUUCUUCUGAUUAUUUUGGUUCUGAGGUUAUUUGGGUAAAGAGAUUUUAACAAAUAAAAGGACAAACAUCCCAAAUGACAGGCCAACCUGAUUGGGUCCUGCCCUGCGGGGGUAACUUCAUAAUCUUUUCUCCUGGAAUAGACUCAAAGACUUUAGACAGCAAAACUACCUAAGUCAAAUAUCUUGCCUCUCUGCAGGUGGGCCCCCCUGGCUAGCCACGUGAUUCUUGCACCUUGAGAUAAAUGGAAUAAUUAGUCGUAGGACUCAAAGAUGGGAAACAGGCAACACCACUAAGCACUGUACAACUUGAGGGGAAUCUGUCUUGUGGAAAGCGUUCAGUGAGACUGGAAUACAGGUAUUUGAAUAAAGAAGUGGAGUCUGUUGAAA